GAGAAGAUCGACGACGAGAGUUUAAGCCGCAAGCCGACUUGCCUGAAAACCAGGGAUAAGUUCGGGCCCUCGAGGGCGAGGACGAGGACGCUGGCCGCCGACCGGCUCACGGAGACCCGAGGCUGCACCUCGCUGCGCGAGGACGAGCUGGCGCCCUUCCAGAUCGUGGUCGACACGAUGUGGCCCUGGACGACCCGCAGCAUCGAGAACCUGCUCACGACGAAGCUGGAGCAG